AUGGCGCCUGGGUACGGGCAUGGUGGCAAGCGGAAACGCAUUGAUCGCUCAUGGUCCGGCGAGUCAGGGAGCAAUGACCUGCGACCUUCACCCCAUCGCCCUGGGACUCUCAACAUGGCCCAUCACCCUACCAAUCCCGGACACCAAUCCCCCACUCCCCGAGAGCAAAACGACACGCGUGACAGAUCUCGCCGACAAUCGCAUCGCAGCCGGGCUGGUUCCCGCCGCGGAUCCCACGAUGGUCAGAAUUUUUCGAAUUCGCAGCAUAGAGAACCGAACGCUAUGUCUCCUCCCGCAAUAAAUCAGGCCAGGGAACCUGCCGAACACGUGCCGUAUAAUGGCGACUCAGCCACGUCAAGGCCUACCCCUUCUCCCGCGCCGAAUACUCCUGCUUCACAGCCGCAACCUAACCCGCCGUCUCGAGCUGGCUCAGAAACUAUCACACGCCAACCCUCUCUCCCACCCCCACCUUAUGACUACGAAUAUGUGACCGACAAUGCUGUUCAGGAAUGGACUUCAGCGGGCAAGCAAAAUGUAGUCGAAGAAGGGACUGCGGCUCGUCUGCAACAGGAUCUGGCUCAUCUUGCUUCUGUCUAUCAGGAGCUUAUUCGCUCCGCGAUGUACGGUCGACUGUCACCAUCGAAUGCGGGAAUUGCUGUCAAAGAGAUCAUUGGUGAAAAAUCUGUGUCCCAGGAUGUGGAUAUGGAGGGCGAUAGUGGAAAGCCUUCGAUGCAAGGAAUCGAUCCGCGCUCCUUGUUCCUCGAUACGCUUUCCAUCGUGACUGACGCUGAUACCUCGAACGCGGCUCUUAAACCACUUGUAUUCGCGACAGGUAUUGAUCCUUCUUUGAUGCGCCUUCAGCUUGAAACCCCGUUGUUACAGGCCCUGGGUUUGGUUCGCGAAACCUUUGCGCGAAUGGGAAUCCGCAAGCAGACCAAUCUGCUCUACCGACAGUCCAAUUACAAUCUUCUCCGGGAAGAAUCCGAGGGAUACUCGAAACUUAUCACCGAGCUAUUCACCACAAGCAACAAUGAGCCGCCGUCGAGUGAAGUGGUCGAGGAUACAUUUGAAAGAGUCAAGGCUAUGAUUGGCGCAUUUGACAUGGAUGUCGGCCGUGUGCUAGAUGUCACGCUGGAUGUGUUUGCUGCAGUUCUUGUCAAGCAAUACCGUUUCUUCGUGAAGCUUCUGCGAGUCAGCUCUUGGUGGCCGAAGGAAGACACCUUUCACAGCCUAGAACAAAACCGUCGCCACGCCGGUAUUCCGAAUUGGGCACUUCCUGGAUCAACUGGGUGGAUCACAACCGACGAGGAGCGUUCCACUACUAUGCGCGCGAAUGAGGAGCGCGAUAGCGAAUUCUGGGAUCGAGUGAGGGAAAUCGGACUUCAGGCCUUCUUCGAGAUUGGCCGCAAACCGAUCUCGGAGGAGGAAAGGCAACGAAGUCUUUCAGAAACUAAUGCUUCAUCAUUUGAAGAAGAUGCUACACGAUCAUGGCUUGAAGAGACUGGCACUCUACCCCCAAAGGGCAACCGGGUUGCAGCACAGCUGCUUGGUUUCAAGUUGCGAUUCUAUUCUUCUUCAGCUCGAACCAAAGCCGACGUUCUCCCUGAUAACCUCAUUUAUCUUGCCGCCCUUCUCAUCAAAGUUGGCUUUAUCUCCCUGCGUGACCUUUAUGCUCACCUCUGGCGAUCUGACGAGACCAUGGAGAUUCUGAAGACCGAAAAGAUGGCAGAGAAAGCUGACAGAGUGAAGGCUGGCCGACCAGGUGGCGGAAUCAACGCUUUGAUGAUGGCCGGUGCUUUGUCGGACGACACAAUUCCCCCUUCCCGCUUGCGCGAUGAGCCGCGAGUGGCGACCCCUGGCAAAGACCAAGAAUCCGACAAGGGCACAUCUAAAACGGAAAAUGAGUUGCCGGACCCAUCAGACCAGAAAGUGCUGCUCCUCAAGAGUCUCCUCGCCAUUGGCGCCAUCCCUGAAUCCCUAUUCGUCAUUAGCAAGUUCCCCUGGUUGAUGGAGGUUUACCCUGAGCUGCCCGAGUUCAUCCACCGCAUACUCCAUCACUCUUUGAAUAAGGUUUAUGUCCAGUUCCGACCAUUGUCAUCUACCGGUGACUUCCCGGGAGCUCAAUACAUGGUGACCUCGGAUCAGAACAAUGCGAAGGGCCAGAUUGGACUUACGCCCCCACCAGCGAGACGAGUUCUGCGAUGGGCUCAACUGGAUAAAGAAGACACUAACGAUGGCACCGACUAUCGAUUCUACUGGGAUGACUGGGCCGAUAACAUCCCCAUUUGUCAGUCUGUCGACGAUGUUUUUGCUCUUUGCUCAUCUUUCCUCAACCUUUCUGGUCACAAGAUUGGACAAGAUGCGAGCCUCUUGGCGAAGCUUGUACGCAUUGGAAAGGGAAGCUUGCUCCAAGACGGAUCCGAAGAGAACAGAACACGUUGGCGCGAUCUUUGCAAGCGUCUUCUCCUACCCGCUGUCAGUCUAACAAAGGCAAAUCCUGGUGUUGUCAAUGAAGUUUUUGAUCUCAUCAGCUUCUUCCCCAGAGAGGUGCGAUACAAUAUGUACGCAGAGUGGUACUCAGGACAGACGUCCCGGCUGCCAGACAUUAAGGAGGCCUUCGACCAGGCGAGGGCGGAGACCAAGGACACCCUCAAGCGACUCAGCAAGACAAAUAUCCGACCCAUGGCCCGCGCAUUGGCUAAGAUUGCUUACGCCAAUCCCGGAAUUGUCAUUAAUGUCGCCAUGAGUCAGAUUGAGUCGUAUGAAAACCUCAUCGAAGUUGUGGUUGAAUGCGCACGCUAUUUUACUUACCUUGGCUAUGACAUCCUAUCUUGGUCUCUCAUCAAUUCGCUUGGCCAGAAAGGACGAAGUCGAGUCCAAGAAGGUGGACUAUUGACUAGUCGAUGGUUGAACGCCCUCUCCACAUUCGCCGGUCGAACUUACAAACGGUACUCGGUGAUGGACCCUACUCCAGUCCUCCAGUAUGUGGUGGAGCAACUGCGGCACAACAACUCGACCGAUCUCAUUGUGCUAGAGCAACUGAUCAGCUCAAUGGCUGGCAUCAUUUCAGACAACGACUUCAAUGACGCUCAAAUUCAGGCCAUGGCCGGUGGUGAUGUUCUCCAAUCACAGACCAUCUUGCAACUGCUGGAUAAACGUCAUGAGUCCAAGACCACCUCCAAACGGUUGGUCAAGUCUUUGACCCACACCAGACUCGCCGGUCAGCUGUUGGUUGCCAUUGCCCAAGAACGACUGACUUGUGUGUACAAUGAAACUUCCUCGGAGCUCAAAUUGCUCGGCAAUAUUUUUGACGAGAUCCACCGAAUUCUCACCCAGUACCUUGACUUACUUCGCAGCAAUCUCUCGGUUGAUGAUUUCGAUUCUUUUGUUCCAGACUUUUCAUCCCUCGUCACGGAAUUUGGAAUUCAGCCCGAAAUCGCCUUCUGGAUUCGGCGGCCCAGCAUCGCUCGGAAAAUCACCGACAUUGAAGAGUCAAAACAAGAGAAAGAACGUUUAGCGUCUGCAUCGAAGCCAAACGGCGACAACAAGAUGGAUACUGCCGAGGACGAAGCAACACCUACGAAGUCCGAGGAGACUUCAGCAGACAGUGCCAUGGAUGUGGAUAAGGACGAAACUAUAGUUACGAUUCCGACCGAAGGACCCGAUGCUAUCCUUGUUUCUGCGGUCAAUGCCGAGCCAUUGGCAGCCAACCCCGUCAUGCAAGAUUUGAUCGACGAUGUCAAGUCUGCUCUUCCUGCCGAGACAUGGGGGACCAUCGGCGCACAUUUCUAUGCAACAUUCUGGCAGCUUGCCCUUUAUGAUGUUCAUAUCCCGCAGAAAUCCUACGAGGAUGAAAUUGACAGACUCAAGCGGCGAGUCGUCUCUAUCAACAGUGACAGAUCUGAUCUUAGCGUGGCGGGCACGACACGAAAGGAGCACCUGAAGCGCCAGAUUACUCAGCUACAGGAGCGCAUUCUGGAUGAGAAUAAGAAUCAUCUGAAGGCAUAUGGGCAGACACGCUCUCGGUUGCAGAAAGAGAAAGACAAGUGGUUCGCCGGAAUGCGUCUCAAGCAUGACUCUCUCAACGUUGCCCUGUUGGAGCAAUGCUUCAUUCCUAGGCUACUCUUGUCCCCUCUUGAUGCAUUUUUCUCCUUCAAGAUGUUGAAGUUCCUGCACAGCUCUGGGACACCCAAUUUCCGGACCGUUGGUCUCCUCGACCAGCUUUUCCGCGAGCAGAGGCUCACUGCUCUCAUCUUCUUGUGCACAUCCAAAGAAGCAGACAAUCUUGGUCGUUUCUUGAAUGAGCUCUUGCGUGAUCUUACUAGAUGGCAUGCCGACAAGGCAGUUUACGAGAAAGAGGCAUUCGGUGCCAAGAGAGACCUUCCUGGCUUCGCGAAAAAUGUUGAUCCAGAAGGUGUGCCAGUGAUGUUUUUGGAAUUCGAAGACUUCCGGCGUCUGUUGUACAAAUGGCACCGCUUGUUUUCCAAUGCGCUGAAGAGCUGUCUCAGCAGUGGUGAAUACAUGCAUAUUCGAAACGCAAUCAGUGUGCUCAAGGCUGUUGUAAAGCAUUUCCCUGCUGUGAACUGGAUUGGUCGCGAUAUCUUGAACUGCGUUGACCACCUAAGCAAAAACGACGAGCGAGACGAUGUGAAGAUUCCUGCCGCGUCUUUGAUCGGUGACCUCAACCGGCGCGAGAAGAAGUGGAUGCUGCCACAAGCUUUCUAUUUCGUGGCAGCUCAGCCUGGUUCUCAGGCAUCUGCCGACGCAGCUGGAAAGCCCGGGACCCCGCAGUCUGCUACAACACCCCUGAAUGCCUCAGCCCUAGAGUUCAACCCCACUGGAUCCUCAAUCUCUGAUGGUAUUGCCAAGCAGGAACAGUCUGGCAAGACUGAAGUCGAGGAUGGUGAAAUCGAGGAUGCGAAAAUGACUGAUGUCGGUACAGGGAAGGGUGGUGAAGCCAAGCGGACCAGAUCACCCUCUCGGGCCGGAUCUACCACGCCUUCCGUGGUCACUGGGGAUACCGGCCAAGACGCUACAUCCGGUGAACAACCCCCUGUGCGAUCUCGACCAAGUUCUCGUGCCCCCACUUCGUCCCGUCAGCCUGAUAUUCCCAAAAGACCUGAUAUUCGCCAACAAGUGCAUCCUCCCGUUCGUCCCCCGCCACGACACAGCGAUGGAAGACUGCCUCCCCGCCCUGAGGGAUUGGAUGAUCGACGAGAGAGACAUCCCGACUUUGGACCUCGCGGCCGUCAUGGUGGUCCUGAUCAUGCCCGCUCCUUUGAUGGUUCUCUAGGCGAUGUUCGAGGACGUCUCAAUGAGCAUCUCAACGAACGUGAACGCGACUUCCCCAUGAGACCUCCAGCUGAUGAUCUCAUGCGUGGACCACCUCGCGAUUCUCGUUCUACUCGCGAGAAUGGUUGGCCUAUGGAUAGGCCUGGCCGCAUGCGUGGACCCGGACCCAAUGAUUCGUUCCAUGGACGCGAUCCCUCUGUGCGGGGAGAGUUGAUGCCUGACCACAUGGACCGCCCAGUCGAUAUUCCUCGACGUGGAGAUGCGUCCAGACCAGAGAAGGAUGAUCGGAGGCCCUAUCCCCCACGCCCUCUAUCGCCGCCCAGACCUGCUGACCUGCCGAACCGCCCCGAACGAUUCCCUCCCCCCGAUGACCGCAGACCUGCCGGAUUCCCUCCGUCCUCCCGCAUUGAUGAUCUCCCCAGAGGCCCUCGCACGGAUCGACAAGCUGAUCCGAGGGACACUGCACCAGGUCUUGAUAUGACUCAUGGUCGGCUUCGGCAGCCGGAACCUCCAUCUGAGAUUCCUGCUGGCCCCCGAAGACGCGGUGGACGUAAUAUUCCUGGACAGGCACCUCCAAUUCUCAGCUCAAGCAAUGCUACAUUACCCGUUCCAGAACGCCAGGCACCUACAGGCCCUGCCCGACAAAGUGGGCGUGGGGCACCCGAGCAACCCGUUGUUCCAACACAACCCGCGGGCUCGAGUAGUGCCCCAGGGAUUCACCCAGAUCGCCUCAGGAAUCUUGUCAAUGAACCUGCAGCCCCGGCUGCUGCUCCCUCGGGUCCUCGCGGAUUAGGCCCACAACAACCACCGCGAGGACCCUCUGCGCAGUCUGGGCAGUCUGGACAGCCUGGACAAGGCUUCGGCGGGGAGCGUGGCCGUGGCGAUAAACGUUUCGCUGGCCUAAAUAAUAUGCUCCAGCAGUCUGGUGGCGGCGGCGGUGACCGGGGUGGGAACACUCCGCCUGUUCGCGGAAGAGGCGCCAAUCGCCCAUCAAGCACCAUGGAGGCACCAUCGCCCACGCCUGCAAACCGACCACCUAUGGGCCCUGCAGGACCCCAAGAAGAUCUAUCCCGCAACCGGCCCAACGGUGGCCGAGGUGGCGACCUGAUUGAUGAUGUCGUCCCUGAGGCGGGUCGCUCUGGACCAACUGGCAAUCGCAGCCGUGAAACGGAACCCACUCGCGAAAAAGAGCCCGAGCGCCGUGAUGGCAGCAGCAAUGGUCGCAAUCGACGUGAUGGCCGUCGAAAUGACCGCGAACGCAGCCGUCGAAGCGAUGUAGGAGGUGGUGGAAGCCGUGACGAAAAGGGCACUGGCGAGCCUCGUGAGACCCUGCGUCGGGUUCAGAGCUCACGCGAAGAGCUGCGACGUCGAGACCGACGUGACCGCCCCGAUGGACCGUCGGAAAUGACUGGACCAACACCUAGUAGCAGUGAGACCCAUGAGGCUGAAGGCCGUUUGCGACCCCCGUCCUCGAUGGAGGCACCGCCACCACCGCCUCCUCCCCCACCUCCCCCCAUGCCGGAAGGAAACGAGCGUCGUUUCCAUUCUGGCGACCGGGGUGGCCGGUCCGACAAUCGGGAUCGCGAGCGCGAGCGCCGUGGCGACCGACGUGACCGGGAUCACCAGCGCGAGGGUGGCAACGGCUCUGGAGGCUCUGGGCACCGUAAGCGUGGUCGACAGGGUCCUGACGAUAGCACUGACGGUGGACGCGGCAUGAGGAUGGGAAAUGAUAACAAGCGUCCUCGUCGAGGAGCGUGA